ACACGGUUUAGUUGUGUUCUCGCGUCGUUUCUCGCUGAAAGAGGUUUACUGUUGGGGAGGGAAUCGCAUCCCUGUCCGAACGUUGCAGCUCGCAAGAUCUGGGAGAGUUCGUUGUGAAUGUUGUGCUGGUGCUGGAGCUAGGUGUGUGGAAUGUGUGGCGGAAUCCUUUUUCUUCAGGAUCGACGAGUUUUUAACACGAAACGAUUGUGAGACUGGAUUCGUAGUGAGGAUCGUUGGUUGCAGUUCAAAUUCGCGUCGAUCGUGCAGCAUGCAUUCGAUGGUGUCGGUAUUCCCCGGGAACGGGUGACGACUUGCUGAUCCUACUGCUCAGAAGUUAUCAGCUCCGAGUGAUCGAAAGGUGUUACUACAAGAAGGUGCCAUUUAGUGUCCGAAAUUUAAAUCGCUAACAGAAAAGCUGUCAGGUGAUCUCCUGGAGUGCCUCCUGAGUAUAUCUAUAUUAGACACAGUGCGGAACAGUGAGUGGUAACACCUUUGUGUCUUCAAAACGACAACAUGGCGGACACGGAGCAGUCCAAAACGGAUGUCGCGGUGUACGCGAACGGAAAUUCGCUACCGACCGAAAAGGAGAUUAUGGAUGGCAUGCUGCAAGUGCGCUUUCUGCACGCCAAAAAGCAAGAUCGCGAUUAUUCACACAUGUUCAGGAAAAAGUCGCGCUGGCAGCUGAUACGGCUCUCCAUGGUAAUCGUCGGCAUCGAGUUCCUGUACGCCGCCGAGACAGCCUUCGUCACACCAAUCCUUCUCGGGAUCGGCCUUUCCCACACCUUCAUGACCAUGAUAUGGGCUUUCUCACCAGUGCUCGGAUUCUUCUUCGCGCCCAUGAUUGCAUCGUUCAGCGACACGAUACGGCUGCAGUGGGGAAGGCGUCGACCCGUCCUGCUAGCGUUGGGCCUGGCAAUGAUGGCGGGCAUGUGGAUAUUACCGCACGGUAAAACGAUCGGUGUAUUCUUCGGUGAUCCCGAUGUGCCGGUCGAUCAGAUGGAGGGUUUCCGGUGGUCCAUCCCGGUUACGAUAGUAGGACUCGUGCUGACGGAUUUCGAUGCCGAGACGAGCAAUGGUAUUGCCCGCGCGUACUUCAUGGACAUGUGUACACCGGACGAUCAGGCACGGGUACUGACGACGGCCAUGUUCAUCGGUGGACUCGGCGGUACGGCCGGAUACGUGCUCGGGGCGAUCGACUGGAGCCAAACCAAUCUGGACAUCCUUGGAAGCAACGAAGCGACCGUCUUCCUCUUCGUGUUCAUCGUGCUCGGCGUUGGUCUGCUGAUCACCCUCACCAGCUACCGUGAAAUCCCGCUGCCCUUAAUGGAGAGUGAUCCACUCCUGCGACCGAUCAACUCGAACGCGUUCGAGGCGGAAAAGGCCCGCCAGCUGGCCGUGUACAGCAUCUCGAAGGACGUGCUCGUUGAUCCAGUCAAACCGGACAAGGACGCUAACGUGUCCGUCGAUGAGGAUGACGACGAUAAGCCGCUACGGUUGCGCGACUUUGUGAAGAACAUUGUGCGGAUGCCGAAAAGUUUGUUCAUUCUGUACUCGACCCAGUUCUUCUCGCAGCUCGGCUAUCUCAGCUACUGUCUGUACUUUACCGACUUUGUCGGUGCGGAAGUGUUCGGUGGUGAUGUCUCGGCCCCACCGGGCACACCGGAAGCGGCACUGUACGAGGAGGGUGUACGGUACGGUUGCUGGGGCAUGGCAGUGUUUGCUGUGUGCAGUGCGUCCUAUUCGGCCAUCAUCGAGCAGCUGGUGAAGCGGUUUAGUGCUCGUCCGGUGUAUAUGGGUGGAUUGUUGCUGUUCAGCCUGGGUAUGCUGUUUAUGGGACUGUUCAGGGAGAAGUUUAUGAUCUUCAUAGCGUGUCCGACGGUGGGCAUCAUGUACGCCACUAUGUACUCUCUUCCGUACCUGCUGGUGUCGCAGUAUCACUCCAAAAAUUCUUUUGAAGUAAAAGAUGGUAAGUGUGUUCCAAACACAACCAAGCGUGGCUUCGGUGCAGACGUUUCGCUAAUGAGCAGCAUGCUUUUCCUCGCCCAGCUCAUCAUAUCGCUUGCCAUCGGAAGCAUCAUCGAUGCGGUCGAAUCGAAUGUGGUGGUCAUCUUCUCCGCCAGCAUAUUCUCCCUUAUCGCUGCCCUGACAGCCUCCCAGAUUGUCUACAUGGGACUGUGAUAGAUAAAUCCGAUAGCCUUUUUUCUACUUUCGACAAUCUGAAACGUUCGGAAACGGGCUGGGACGGCGAGCUUAAAUAAGGAAAUGUGAUAAACUGUAUUACUUUAGCCCGAUAGUUGAUGUGAUUUAUCUCGCACAAGCAAAUACGACGUUGCUCGUGAAGGCAUAACGGUAGCAUUGGUGCAUGGAAACUUUAAUAAACAUACCUCGCUGGUUUAUAUGUUUUA